AUGGAAAGAACAGAUCUUGAAGAGGAGGAUCCUGAAAAGGCUCUUUCAUUUGCCAAAGAGCACUUAGAUUCGGGUAAUAUGUUGUCUCUUCCGAUUGCUAUGACUCUGCAGUUGUUGGGUUCAUCCAGCUUUGAUCUCAAAAUGUUCAACAACAGUUUGGGCUAUUUGAUUAGGGCCAAUAGGGUGUUGGCUAAGCCGACGGAGGGGAGGUUCAUGGACCGGGCCAUGGACUCCGCGACCGAGGCCUCUAUUGCGAAUUGGGCCCGGCUCAUCCAGUCCAUAUUCUCACUUUUUGAUUAUUCAAUAUUUUGUAAACCUGGGGCCGAGUGUUAUUUGUGUUAG